UUGCGUUUGCGUAGGUACCACACAUUCAUACUGAAUUGCCUACAAGAUCAUUUUUAUAUCAAAGGGAUUUUUGUCGCCAGAAGUUAGAUCAUUGGAUCACACUGGUCAGUGACGUCAGUGUCACAUUCAAAGAUGUUGUCACAGCAAUUAAUUCACAGUUGACAGGUGGUGUCAAAAUAUACCUCUGAAAAAUAGGUUAAAAACAGCUGAUUAAUAUAUGUCAUGUGUUCCUGAUAGUACAAUACUAACUAAAAAAAUGUCAAUAAAAUUCAAACUCCAAGGAUAACAACAACUUGUUCCACGAAUUUCCCAUCCCAAUGAAAAUAUUACUCUGACUGGUCAUCAGAUACUUUGAUAAUAAUGACAACUAGAGGGACAAAAACCAACAAUACUACAAGAAUAGAGGUUGAAAUUGAGAAAAAUAGGGAGGAGGGUAACUGGUCGAAAGUUAUUGAACUAGCAGAUCAACUAAAAGAAAAAACUCCAGAAUUCGUUUGCCUUUGUGACUUUCUGAUUGGAGAAGGUAAACUAGAAAAUUACAUUGAAGAAUGGCCACCUAUUGAAGCAAAUAUUAGUAGAGCAAAAGUUUCAUUAAUUGAAGCCAAGAGAUAUCUUCAUCAAGUAACCAAUGAUGCGGGAAUCAAGGCAGGUGUUGCUAUGGAUGCACAUCUUCUUCUUGGGAAAUUACAAUAUGCAUGUGGUCAAUAUACUGAGGGAAUAAAGCAUUUCAAAGCUGCUGACUUAUCCAAUUUGUCAGAGAAAAAACUACCUCUGCGGAGUUUAAGGAUUGUUGCUGAAUCAUAUGCGAUAAAAGGCCUCUGUCUCCAGAAAGAUGAAAAUGCUCCCACUAAAUUCAAGAAAGCAGGAAAAGAAGAUGAAAUCAAUAAAUGUUUUAGUCUUGCCUCAGAUUUGGGAUUGCUUUAUAUGCAAAAAAUUGAGAAAGAGCAGCAGAAUCAAAAUUCUGUGGUAACAACAAUGAAUACGAGUGGAACCCAUUCUCCUCAACCAAUAGGUGUUCAGAAAUCACUGGGUGUUGUACUUGAAGAAGCUAUGCAGAAUGCUCCAUUGAUACUUUUGCAACAAGGGAAAUCUGAACAAGCCCUGGAAAGGUAUAGAAAUACCUUAUGUGCAGUAGAAUGUGCUGGAGUCACAGGUAUACGACUGAAAUUUAUGUGCCAACUUGCCGAAUUAUUACUCCAAGGCCAACUGGGAGAAAACUAUGUAUCUCCAUUGAUGAUGCCACAGAAAACUUCUUUAUGGAAGCCAAAACAUUAUGCUGCUCUUAGUCAGUUUAUUCCUAAAAAUGAGUGUGAAGAAGUUAUCCUCCUUCUUUCGGUCGCUGAGUCUAUGGCUGUCAAAAAUGCUGUUUUGUCACAAUCACCAGAAUUCAAAGAAGCAAGAUUAAGUGCCUAUGUAGAAGCUACUAGAGUAUAUGAUUUAUUGACAAUAGCUACCGUCAGAUGGGGUCAGAUUGCUUUGCUCCAAGAGUCUCUGGAACGUUCGAUGAAGUUUUCCUUUGAAGAAUUAUAUAUAUGGAAACAAAAUGCUCUAAGUCUAAUUUCUCUUGGAAAAUACAGUUUGGGACUUGGUGUACUCAAAGAAGUGAUACGUCUAGAUCCUAAAUCCAUAGACAAUUAUUUAUUAGCGGCUAAAAUAUGUUACCAGUAUUUAAAUAUACCUCAGGAAGGAUUAAAACAUGCAAGAGAUGCUAUUUUAAAAGAUUUGGAGAACAGCUCUGGGUUUUUGGGCCGGUCAUAUAUGUAUGCUGGAAUUGGUUAUCACCUUCUUGCUGAAGCAUCACUAUUGAAAAAAGAUAAAGACGAGUUAAGGUUUAAAGCAUUGUCCCAAUUCAGAAGUGCUGUUGAUAUUGAACCAAAUGACUAUCUGUGCCGAUAUUAUCUUGGGCUUCUACUAGCUCUUACAGAUCAACUCUAUGAUGCUCAAUACCAUGUUCGAAUGGCCGUCGAUUUACAUCCAGAACAUUCCGCCUCUUUGCAUUUACUAGUUCUAAUUUUAUCAGCUGAACAGGAACAUAAAUCUGCUCUUGCCAUUGUGGAUAAUGCUUUGGAUGAAUAUCCUGACUGUCUCAACCUGAUGUACCUCAAAGCACAUCUGGAAAUACACGAAGAUGGGCUAGAAAAAGCACUUUCCAUUGCUAAACACAUGUUGGAAUUAUGGAAAAAUCUUUAUGAAGGUCAAACGAAUUCUGACAUGCCAGAAUGUGAUAGAAAAAGUGAUACCAGAUCAAUAUUUCAAUUAUACCCUUCAGAAAUGUCAGAUAAAGAUUCAAGUUCUUUACGACUACAAAACACAUCAGCUUCCAGAAUCGAGCAAGCGUUAAGUGAAGUAGCGAGUUCAAUGAGUAGUUUUAGCCCUAGACCUGGUCCACAUAAAGCAUGGAUGUUACAAGUUGAAAUAUGGCUUCUUCUCGCCGAACUCUACUUAGCUCUUGAUCAGCUUGGCGAUGUACAACAAUGCAUAUUAGAAGCUACACAAAUUUAUCCAUUGAGCCAUCACAUAAUGCAUAUGAAAGCCAUGUUACACAUGCAUAAAAAUGAAUGGUCUGAAGCAAGACAGUGUCUACAAAAUGCUCUAGCAAUAAAUCCUCAGCAUGUUACUUCGUUGCAACAAUUAGGUUUAGUUUAUCACUAUUUGGAUCUCCAAGGUUUAGCAGAAACAACUCUAAGGGAAGCUGCAAAAAUUGAACCAAAAAAUCAUGUGACUUGGUAUAAUUUAGGAAAGGUUCUGAAAGCACUUGGUGAAUAUGAGAAGGCUAGCAGCGCCAUGGCUACUGCCCUCAUGGAAGAAAAAUCUAAUCCUAUCCUUCCAUUCAAUACUGUUCCUCUAUGUUUUGAAUAAUUAAUGGUCUCCUUGAAAGUAUCUUAUUGAAGAUAUCAAUAAUAUUAGAAAAUCUGGUUGGUAUUAACGGUGAAAUUGAUGUAUUUUUGGUAAUAGCUUUUUUUCUAUCAAUAUAUUGAUGUAUAUUUAUAUCAACCAACUAUUUAUAACUUUACAUCAAUUAUUUAAAAUCAUGAACCUCCUAAUGAUAUUGUUAAUUAAAACAUCAUUUUUUUAAAUGUGAGAUAAGAAUGUUAAUCAUUGAAAAAUUCAAAUAUCUAAAAUCGCCAUUGCAUAAAUAUCGGUUCUAAAAUUGUUUGAAGAGUUAGAAGUUGAAUAUUAAUUGUAAAGAAGACUAGAUAUUCAUUUUGCCUUAUUGAAGGAUUCUUAGUGUAAUAUUGACUCAAUUUGUCUAUCAAUUGAAAAAUUACUCAAGAAUAGUUUAGUAGAAGAAAAAACUGUCUUUCUAAUGAAUCAUGUAACUAUUGUUAUACGUAAAGAAACUGUACACUUGUAAACUAUAAAAAUAACGAAUAAUAAUUCAGUAACAUCGUGUUACGUCUCUGAAAUAUAUAAUUAUUGUUGAAA